UGUUUCCGGCUGCACACCGCCAUGCACGACUUCACAUGGAACGUGGAGAGAGGAAGGAAAAGACAAAAAAAGAAAGGAAACCUCCCCUUCCCAAUCCAUUGAAUGAGUCCAUUUAAUACGCAUGUAGGUAAAGAGAUCAGGGAUUCGGCGUGUACGGUGAGCUCAGCCUUUUAAAUGCCGUAUUGAAGUCAGAGAGGCGAGCGAAUCCGAAGGAGAAACCCACGGCUCCCCAUAGUCCAGUCUUUGUAACCUUUCCCCAUGUAAAUCUUGCCAUUACUUGCGGAUAUUAAUUGGCUUCCAGGCCUAUGUAAGAGAGUCUCCUUCCUUCCCCCCACGUCGCAAUCAAUAUAUCUGUGAGAUAUAGCAAGGUUUGAUGUACUGAGGAAGCCAAAUCUCGCGGUUUGAGGAAAAGAUCAGGAGGCGGCGGCUUUCCGUCCUCCGCCACUUCUUUCCUUCCAUUACGUCGACGCGUGUUGUUGCUAGGAGAUAUCAGGCUUAUCCCGUUACCUUUACAUGAAGUUUCGAGGAGGAGAAUAAGUGUAUCAGAGUCCAGAGAGGGGGAAGCACCUCAUCGCUUCUGCACCACCAACUCUUGCGUUGAUUCAGCGUCGGUCUCUCCCUUAUAUUUCAUGGCCAUCCAAGCGCCGCUUCCGUUCUUCUACAGCAGCGGCAGCAGUUUGGACGGGAUGAUGGAAGGCGGAGGACGAUUGCCUGGUGAUCCAUGCCAAUCUUUUCAGCAGCAGCAGCAGCAGCAACAACAAAUGGCGAUGAUGCCUUGGCCUCUUUGUCCUCCUCCUGCAACGUCGACGACAGGGUUUACUUUGCUUUCCUCUUGGACUUCAGGUCCUUCUGUUUCCAUGGAUCCUUCUCGUCAUCUUAUACAGAGACUUCUGGAGAAACAGGGGGAUGAGAUAGAUCAGUUCCUUCGGCAACGGAGCGACACGUUAGUAGCAGAGCUUCGGCAACAGGCAAAGCGGCAUACGGCGGCUAUGGUACGGAGUCUCCAGUCCAAAGCCUCCUUCCUUUUAAGACAACGGGAAGAAGAGUUGGCGAAGGCGAACAAGGUAGGUCUGGAACUGGAGUUGCGCCUGAAGAGCGCGGAGGAGGACCGGGCAAGGUGGCAAAUUGUGGCCAUGGAGAACGAGGCCAUGGCUAUUUCUCUCCACAACACUCUGGAGCAAGUGCGAGAACCAUGCUUCUCCACCACCAACGGCGUCCCGACGGAAGAGGCGGCGGCACCGGAACCGACGGCGGGGAUGAGCUCAACAACGCUGGGCCGCUGCAGGGUCUGCGGGCAUCGUGAUGCGUGCGUGGUGCUGCUCCCCUGCAGCCACCUCUGCUGCUGCGCGCCCUGCGCGUCCUUCCUCGAGGGGUGCCCCCUCUGCAGUUCCGUAAAGAGAGGCAGCGUGGAAGUGUUCUGGGAAUGAUGGAAAGGAAAGAGGCGAAGGGACAGGAAGACGGAGCGACGGAGAUCAGCAGAAACGGCAGCAGCAGAUGAAUAGGACAAGACGAAAACCGUAUAAAUAUACCAUUUUGGGGGGUCACAUUAACGUCUUUUCUCUUUUUUCUGCCGGUGCUGCAUCCAUCAGUUCGCCUCGCAGUCCUGUGUGCGUGUGUGUGUAUAGUCUACCAUGACAUCAACCAAGACGGGAUUCUGAAUCUUUUGGGCAAAGACCAAUAGGUCUCUUCUUUAACACGCUGGUAAAUCUGUUGUUUGUGGGAGGAGACGGGCGUGGAGUGCGUCGUGUACGGAUCACGGAAGGGGUUGCUUGAGGUGGAGGGGAGUGACAUGGGGAAUGCUGAAGGCGCUCUUCUCCUGGAGAUCAGCCAUUGGUGUGUGCCGAAAUUUACUGA